AACCACAAAUCCUUCUCAUGAAAUAACCUUCCUCUCUUCUGGCAGGGAUGAAGGUGAGCUGCGUUUUGGGAAGGAAGGGGAGCCUGGAAAAAAUGCAGCACUAUUGGGAUAUAGGCUUUUACCUUGGCGCAAGCAUCUUAACUGGCGACUUCGACAAAAUCAUCCAAGCCUCUGAGAAGCUGUAUAAGCUGAAUGCUCCUGUGUGGUACUUGACUUCCAUCAAGGAGACUUACACAAUGUACAAUCACUUCAACACCGUCUCUGACACGUGGUCACCCAAGCAAGAGCUGGUUGAUUUCUGGCUGGGGUUUGUAAUGGAGUCCUGCCAGCCCUUUGUCUCCACGGAGAGCUGUUUGGUGUUGAUUCUCGACCUGAGCAAGAUGCUGCAACCAUCUCAGCUCUUUGUGUACAACGAGGAGAUCAGAAAAUCAGUGACACUAAGCCACAUCGGUUCCCUGGAAGAGGAAGGAAUUUCCACCUGGACCUUUCCCGCAUCCUCCAUCCGUGGAAUCAGUAUUUCCAAGUGCGAUGAAAGAUGCUGUUUCCUUUAUGUGCGGCAUACAGUUGAAGAUUUCCAGUUAUACUUCUCUACCCAAAAUCACUGCCGCUGGUUUUUCGAACUGGUCCAUUCUUUCAUGGCAGAGAUGGGUGAAGAAGGGAAUUGGUGCAGCUCCCCAGUGGAACUGGAGUAUGACUAUGAAUACACUGAGGCAGGCGACAGAGUGAUUUUGGGAAAAGGGACUUAUGGCGUGGUGUAUGCAGGACGAGACCGCAGCAACCAAGUGCGCAUUGCCAUUAAAGAGAUUCCGGAGCGGGAUAGCAGAUACUCACAGCCUCUGCAUGAGGAGAUUGCCCUGCACAAGCGCCUGAAACACAGGAACAUUGUCCGUUAUCUGGGUUCUGUGAGUCAAAAUGGCUUCCUCAAAAUCUUCAUGGAGGAAGUGCCUGGAGGAAGCCUCUCCUCUCUCUUGCGGUCAAUGUGGGGUCCUCUAAAAGACAACGAGCCAACCAUCGUAUUCUACACGAAGCAAAUUCUGGAGGGUUUGCGUUACCUGCAUGAUAACCAGAUUAUCCACCGAGACAUCAAGGGAGAUAACGUCUUGAUCAACACUUAUAGCGGAGUAUUAAAAAUUUCAGACUUCGGCACGUCCAAAAGGCUGGCUGGGAUCAGCCCAAGCACUGAGACAUUCACAGGUACCCUGCAGUACAUGGCUCCAGAGAUCAUUGAUCAGGGCCCCCGAGGUUACGGCAAGCCUGCCGACAUCUGGUCCCUGGGCUGCACCAUCAUUGAGAUGGCCACAGGCAAGCCUCCCUUCUUUGAGCUGGGCAGCCCACAGGCCGCAAUGUUCAAGGUGGGGAUGUUCAAGAUCCACCCAGAGAUACCCGGUUCCAUGUCUGAUGAAGCCAAGGAUUUUAUCCUGAAAUGUUUUGAGGCGGAUCCAGACAAGCGAUCGACGGCGGCAGCUUUGCUUCAGGAGCCCUUUUUGAGGAACAGGAGGAAAUGCAGGAGCCCAGCCAUGGCAGAUGAUCCAUUGGUGUCCAACAAGCCCAGAAGGUCCACUUCAGUAGAAGGCAUUGCAGAACCCAGAAAUCGUUCUUCUUCCUUGCAGUCCCUGAAAAUCCAAGUGGAGAAUAUUGUUUUAUCCCGAAGCUCCAGUGAAGUGAACCAGGGGAACAACUAUCUGAGGACCCCUGAAGGAGUGACCAAUGUCGAUCUCAACCUCUCUGCUUCCUCCCAUGAGGAGAGCAGUUGCCUCUUCUUGCUAAAGAAAGACAGUGAGAGGCGAGCUACCUUACACAAGGUCCUGACGGAGGAACUGCCAAAUAUCGCGGCAGCCAUAUAUGAAGCCCAGGAAGAGAGGGUGCUGCCGUUGGAACACAUUGCUGAGCUGGUUUCCUGUCUCAAGAGCUACAUCCGUUCCCCAGGCCGCAAACAGCUGGUUCAAAGCCUGCUCCAGUUACAGGCUCGCUUGCAGUCUGAUGGGCUGAGCCUUUGUCAGGUGCAGGCUCCACUCUUUGCCUUCCAGGACACUGUAAAGCACAUGCUACGGAAGCUCCAAAUUAAGCCACACUGGGUGUUCGCCCUGGAUAACCUCAUGGGGCAAGCAGUCCAGGCAACCUUGACCGCCCUCUUGGAAGAACUCAAGGUGCAGCCGCAGAAUUUGCAGGAGGAAAGCCAGAAUCACCUGAGCAGCCGAGAACACGAGGAACCAGUUCUGACUCAGCAGCCCCCAUCUUUGAAAAAGCAGGAGAGCGACCUCAAGGACAGUGCAGAUACGCCAACGUCCGGAAUUGGCACCGACACCAACAGUUGGCUGGAUUCCCAGCCUUCCUUUAAGAGCCAUGUACCUCUCAUGACUCAACUCAACCAUCUGCAGGAAGAAACCAGAAGAUUGCAGUGGAAACUGGCGGAGAAGCAGCACGAAUGUCAGGGGCUCCUACAAGAAGCCCUGAAGAUCAUGGAACAGAACACCUGGUCUCUGAAAAGGCCACAGAUCAUAGAAAUCCCUCCUUCUCCAACUUCCUGGGACCAAGAAGAAAACGCUGGAGAUCCCCUCCUGGCAGAGUGGUUAGAGAAACAUGGAGCAGACAAAGCCACAGUGGCCAUGUUCUGCUACCAUGGAUUCACCCUGAAUGAUUUGCUGAAGUUGGCUACAAUCGAUGAUCUCCGAUACACAUGCAUCAGAGGGGGAAUGGUGUGCCGUAUUUGGAAAGCCAUCAUGGACCACCGACAGAACCUGUCCCAGCAGCAGCAGCUACACCAGCAACCGUGAGAAGAAAGAGGAAAGGAAGCCUUGGAUUUCUUUGCAAGGCCACGGACUUUGGUUGCCUGGCCUAUCAUCUUCUCAACCAGCAGUUGAGAUAUAGGGCUGGAAAAAUGUUCUAACUUGUCCUCAUAUUGAGGUCAGAUAUUAGCUUUUUAUCUUUCCUUGGCCCAGGAAAAUGACCAAAAAAAAAAAAUCAUCUUCGGAGCGAACAGAUUUGGGGAGAACCUCACAGAGGCAGUUUCCGUGGAAGACUUUCUGCUAAAUUCAGCGAAGUGCAUUAUGGACUGAGAAAAAGCACAAAAGGGUUUUCUUGCUGAAAGUCCCCCAAAAGGACAGAAGAAUGUUGUGAUUACUGUUAUUAGAGAGCAGCUGCUCCAGGAUCAGGAGUUCUCUGUUGCGAGCCUCAUCUUGGCUACCGAGAUCAAUUCGGCGAUUUUGGACUGCUCUACAUCGCCUCCCCUCCAAGCCUGCAGUCUCUAACCACCAACAGAGCAACGCAGCUGUGCGGGUUGGUGGUGUGUUAGGGAGAGACCCUGCAAGCCAGGCUUUAAG